AAAAUGAUAAAUAUAAUGUGGUGAAUACGAUAAUCUGGCAACGCUGAUCAGCUGGUCGGCUAGGUAGCAAGGAUGGAGGCGGCGAGGGCUGCGUUGCGGAUGGUGAAGCCACACAUCCCAAUGAUUAAAUUUCGGAAAGGCAGCCCCAUGGAGCUGGUCCGAGGUGGCGGUGCACCAGGUGGUAUGGCUGGACCCUCACCAUCAGGAGCAGCAGCCGUCACCCAAGCCCCCCGAGUCCUGGAAGAGUGGGAGGUCCCUCUGAAGUACCGCAGGGCUACAAUCACUGAGGAGGAAAUUGAAUAUAUAAAUAGAGGAGGUCCAGCCUAAAGGUGUUGUCUCUACCCAGGAUGAUGUACAUAAAACUUAUUGUUAAUGAUUUAAUGUUAAGUAAAAUGAUCAAUAAAAUGAAUGCCUAUCA